UUAUUUUGGUCACUUGUUAUCGACCCAUUCAUUCUUUACAACCAAUAUACGCUUGCAGCUUUCGCACAAAUACCCGCGAUGUGCUGUCCACCCUCCUCAUCUACAACAAUCAUUCCUCAAUCUUCCUAAGACGCAUUCUAUGUGAAAUCAUUUUGUCUUUACUCGCCGCACUGACAUAUUGUGAAUUUAGAACACGCUUCUACCUGACGACUAUGUCGCUAUCAAACCCCCUCUACUCAUUUAUAUGAAAUAUCAAAAGCUUUUACCUGAUCUUCACUAUACCAGCACACGAAGGUAUUAGCGCGAGCAGCAUGGCCGACUCUCGAGACGCGCCCACUGCACCAAAUGUCACAUAUAACAAUCCGAGACGAAAGUCGCCCGAAGCUUCUAUAACGUUGCAAUAUCACCGACAAGCGAGAAAUGCUUCCAGACGCGAACCCCAGACAACCAAUCCACCUAUCCACUCAGCUAUUUCCAAGCCGCGAAGGAAUUCUUCUGGAGAUAGCAAUGAAACAGGUUUAAGCGACCCGAAGAAUUGGUUUGAGUCUUCAAACCAAAAAGCAAUGCUCACGACCGAUAUUGACGAGGCCCCAUUUUUUCAAAAAGAGACGGAAUCUUCCAAUGAAGAAGUAGCCAAAUAUGGGUUGCCCAUGCAGAGUCCCGGAUACCGAACCCGCCCAGUGGGAUUGGCACAUAGCAAUCAGAGUGUUGAUGAAUUUCGUUCCGUAAUCGAUGACUUAACAGUUGAGAACAAGCGACUAAAGGAAGAGCUAAAGAAGUACAAGCAAAUGGGACCUGGCUCGUUACGGAGGGAUAAGCUAUUCGAAGUCAAAGUUCAUGGCCUAUCCAGCAGGAAGAAGCGGGAGCUGGAAGCUACCUUGCGGGAUUUUACGACGAGUCUCGAGGGAUCAAGUACCGGACCCUCAAGUCGAAAGAAGACAUCAGGCAAGUCGAAAAACAUCCAUUCAUCAGCGUCUAAGCAUGCGUCAUCGUCGUCUGGGUCUAACUCGAGACCCAUUGACUCUGCUUAUGCGUCUAUGUCGGCUGGGGCUAGCUCAUCUGUUCCGUCGCUUCCCGGUCAGGCUAAGGCUGCACGAGAACGAUCCGAACAGAAUAUCCAGAACUAUUUACGAGAUAUUCCCGAAGGUUUAUGGCCGCGACCUACCAUCAUGACCGAAAAGGAGAAGAAGAAGCUGGUUGUUAAGCGACUUGAACAUCUUUUCACAGGCAAGAUGGCAAACCCAGCAGAGCGUGUCUUGCUACCACAAGUACCCGAGCCUAUCGCUGAAGACGUACAAAUGGGAGGAACUAGCGAUAGAAUAGCAGUACCGAACGAAACGAUAAGAGAAGCGCAAAUCCGACCGCGAGAUUCUAGUCAAAAGGAGAGCAGCUCGCGAGACAAUGGGUCUGCGUCGAAUUCGCAUUCACACUCAAACUCACAUUCAAACGGUGACCAAACAGAUCCAAGGGACAGCGGCAACAAUACCGGUAACCGCAACGGUCGCGCGAAUGAGAGCGGUAACAAUACAUCGCCGCACAUGUCAAUGCUACCACCGGAACAGCGCCCGACUAGGCCACGCGACUUGGACCCUGACCGCAGACAGGUACCGUCAGAGAACAUGGACUAUAUACGUCAUCUGGGAUUGGUAGCGCCCGAGUCACAGAAACAAUUCUCUGCAAGGGAUGUGUCGCCAGAUGCGGAAGGAUGGGUGUAUCUGAAUCUGCUGUGCAAUUUGGCGCAGCUGCAUAUCCUCAACGUUACCCCCGCCUUCAUUCGGAGCGCGGUGUCGGAGAAGAGUACCAAAUUCCAGCUGUCGCCAGACGGAAGAAAAAUUCGGUGGCGGGGUGGAGUUGAAGGUACCAAGUUCAGCAGCGACAGUGGCAGCAACUCGCAGCGCAACCAAUCAAGUGACGACACGGACGGAUCGAACGAUCAGGAGCAAAGGAAGAAACAGAAAACGCAGGGAUCUGGAAAUGACGUCACCGUGCACAAACCAUCAAAAUUUGGUCUUGGCGUGCAGCAAUCCAAUUCAUCCGAGAGUUUCCACUAUAAGCCGUUAUUUGUGCACCAUCACCAAACAUCUUCGUCCGAUGAACAACCGUCCGCGGGAGACGAGACGGGCUCGUCGUUUGGACCGCCGGAGGAUAGUAAUUUGGGAGGUUUAAAUUCUCGUUGGGGACAGAGUGGCGUGUCAGGUCUUUCUCAGCGUAAACGCCGCCGCGACGGUGCGAUUAUUUACUAUAGCGGGGCACCGUUCUGUACGGACCUCUCGGGUGAUUUUGGAGAUGGAGAUGGAGAAGUAUCCCCCGCUACUUAUGAUAUGACCUCAUCGGGAGACAAUGCCGACCAGGGACCCAUGCAACCCCUCAGCCUCGGUAACACCCGCCCACAAUUCAGCCGCUCUACGUCAGGGUCAUUGCUUCCUUUCAGACCACUCAGUACUACUCUUGAGGCUCGCAGUACGUUGAUGGACGUUGAUGAUUCUGAUGCGCCAGAGUUAACUUCAGCUGAGACUGACGACGACGAGAUCGAAGCUGAUUUCUCUUGGUCUGACACCAAACAACAUACUCCCUUGAUAAAUCUCGAAGCCAGUGGCUUAGGGGGUACUUAUCCCGAGGAUCAUUUUGUAAUUAUCGCGCGGACACGGCGACCAAAGCGCGUAAACGAUGAUGGCAAUAGUGCUUUCGGUGACGAUGACGAAACAUUGUCAGUGCAAUUGAGACUCGUCGAACGUUUAAGUCAAGAGACUACCGACUCUAUUAUUAACAAGCUAGCCAGCAUGACAACCAGCUCACCAGCACCACGUCAGGUUUUUGAUGUUAGUGGACACGUCGUCCAAAUAGAAUACCUUCCAGAGAAGUUAUUGCGACUAUCUCCCGUACCUCUUCCGCCGCCUACAUUUUACUUUCCUGGCGAAGAUUCUGACCUGGACGACGACGACGACGACGACGAAUCCAUGGAUAGCUCUUCGGAAUCGGAAAGUCUUAUGAGUAGACGAGCUAUUGUAGAAGAUGACCCAAGUUCGGAUAUUGACUUGUCUGGAAAUGACGAGGAAGACGAACACUCUGAUAGCGGUCAGCAAUACGACGCCAGCGGUAGCAUAUCGCCCGAGAAUAUCGACGAGCUUCCCGACGUCAGCCAACUUAUACGAGGCAGCAGCAUAAGGGGGUCGGAAAGGUCUCCAACUACUGGGAGUUCAGCAGCGACCGCCGGUGGAGCUGCUAGUGGUUAUAACAGCAGUAUAGAAGAUUUGUGAGGGAAUCACUAAGUUGCUACAUAUGUUGACUUAACUAUCAUGCUUGAGGGAUACAAGUUUGAAUGUGGGACAUAUACUGAAAACAAGAAAAAACGUGUAUUUGUAUUCAGGUUUUGUCAAGGUACCCAGGUUGGCGCAAAGUCUUGGUGACUCGGUUAUAUCCAAUGGGUGGCAUUUGAAAACGAUUCACAGCAGGAGCCUGGGUUGAUUUGGAAUUCGAAAUACCUGUAGUACGUACGGCUUAGGGUAUAAGUUAUAGCCACAGCUAAAAUAUUGAUAUAUUAUUUACAGUAUAACAACAAUCAACGUAUUCCUGUGACAGGUACCUAGGUAGUAAACACUUGAGUCAAGUAUUGCAUUUAACUGAAAUACACAUACGUACCUCGAUGUAUAAUGCAUAGGUACCUACCUAGGUAGGUAUAUGUAUGAUGGUCACGUGACACUGCGAACUACACGGGCUUCGAACUUUAAUUUAUGGGGAAAGUCUUAAGUGCAGUGACUUGGAAU